CGCAUUGAUCGAAUAAGGAAUUCCACCUCUGAGUUUGCACGUCCCGAUCAAAAGAAACCCGAAUUGCAAAACAAGACAUUUUAAACUUGGAAGAGGAAGAAUCAUCCGAUUGGACAAGUACAUGAUCAAACAUACUCAAUAGAGUACAAACAAGAUCUGAGAUUGUGCCUCUUCAUCGACGAGAAUUUCCACGUCAGGAACCAUACCGUCACUGGAAACAACAAAACGAACACGAGAAAGAAAGAAACACAAAGAACUCAGCCAAGAGACGAAGUCGUCAGAAAUCUUUACUUUCCUACCCGCAAAAAUGGUGGAACAACCCUCCGCUCCUCCAACAACAACAUCACCACCACCAUCAACCACCACCAUUCCCUCGACCAAGAAGGCUCCCUCAUCCCUCCCAUCCCCCUUCAACCUCACUUCUUCGAGUCCCACUCCCAUGACGCUAAUAUCGCAAGGCGCCGAAGCGCACCUCUACAAAACGACCUUCCUGCAUACUUCCCUCCCGACCGCCCUCAAGAUCCGUCCCAGCAAACCCUGGCGCCACAGCACCCUCGACAAGCGACUCACACGGGCCCGCCUACUGGCCGAAGCACGCGUGCUCGUCAAAUGCCGGCGGGAAGGGGUCCCGGUCCCGGCGGUGUAUGCGAUGGACUGGGAGGGCGGGUGGAUGGCGAGUGAGUGGAUCGAGGGGGUGGGGAGCGUCAAGGAGGGGAUCCUACGGUGGGAGAAAGAUUCCAGAGACGACAGUCGCGAUGGGGAUGGGGACGGCGACGAGCAAUUGAAGGGUCUGUUGGGCAGGAUCGGGAGCAUCGUGGGGAGACUCCACACGGCCGGGAUCGUGCAUGGGGAUCUGACGACGAGCAAUAUGAUGUUGCAAUCCUCCCCCUCCCCCUCCUCAUCAUCAUCGCCGCUGAGCGGCAAAGUCAUCCUCAUCGAUUUCGGCCUCGCGACCCAGACCGUCAGCGAAGAAGACCGAGCCGUCGACCUCUACGUCUUGGAACGGGCUUUCGGGUCCACGCAUCCCCGACGAGAGCAUCUCUUCGGGCAAGUCCUCGCUGCCUAUGAGGGGAGCUAUAAAGGGGCGAAGGCGACGUUGAGGAAGCUGGAGGAGGUCCGGAUGAGAGGGAGGAAGAAGAGUAUGUUGGGAUGAAGAGUAGGCGGGGGAAUAGGAGAGAGGGGAGAGAGGGGAGAGAGGGGAGAGAGGGAGACAGAGAUAAAGUUUUCGCAAAUCCAGGAUGAUCAUAGAAAAGGAACAAAACUCCGAAACCAAAAAAGAUCCUCCUCCCGCACACAUAUCGAGACUUGUCCCCAAGGUUUCUUUCCCCCGUCCGGAUUUCUCCUGCUCACAUCGCUUUGGAUCCCUCACAUCACAUUUACGCCUCACAUACUGAAGAAGGAAAAGGAAAUACCAACUUCGUUCAUUUCUCGCGCCUCUGGAUUUCUCUCCCGAGUGUGCUGGCAGGUAUGAGGUAUAGGGUAUAGGGUAUGUGGUACAAUGUAUAUGGUAUAAGGUAUAAGGUAUAGGGUAUAAGGAAUAGGCAUAAGUAAGUGAAGCAUGCAACACAAGCCAU